AUGUUCAGUGAUACGAGCGAGGGAGGUGUUGGGGUCUCGGUUCGAUCACCAGCGUUAAGAAUCUCCGAAUUGGCUCACGAGGCGUAAAAAUGAAACAUGAAUUUUGGACACGUCCGAUGGCUGCUGGUCUCAGCUGUUUAUUCACAGGAGGAGGGCGGAGGAAAUAAGACUCAGUCCGAGCUGCUGCCACAUCAGAUGCCCUUACUGUUCGCACAAGAGCGGCUGAUGUCACGCACGAGAAGUGGAGAGCCGCGCUGUGUAUCAGUAAAGCACUGGACGGGCUCCAGAGGGCCGGGUUCGAAUCCCCGACGGAACCCCGCCCAUCCGCGCGAGACCCGCCAGCAGCGCAGCGCUUCGCCGAUAAAUAGCGCGGGGGGUGAACUCGGCUGUUCCAGUGCGGACCGAACCGGAGACCGGAGCGAAACGAGGUGUAAAGUGGUGUUUUAAAAAAAAAAAAAAAAAAGACACGCUGUCCACGCCGAAGCCCUCCAGCUGUACCAUGGUCAAGGAGUUGGGCCUCCUGCUCCUGCUUCUUCUCGCAGCUCUCUGCCUCUCUCUGGAGGACACGGUGGCGCUGCAUCGAUUCAGGAGGGGAAUGCGAACUUUCAGAGGCCACUGUGUGGACAGCCAUUCGGCGACACUGCACGCCCCUGGGGAGUCCUGGCUGCGCUGGAAGGGACAGAGGGCGGAAUUCUGCCGCUGCACAAGGCGAGGGAGGGAGCGCUGCCACACCGUGCCCGUCACCACCUGUUACAGCUCGCAGUGCUACAAUGGGGGCAGAUGCAAGGAGGCAGUGUACUCUUCCGACUUCCUGUGCCAGUGCCCCCCCGGCUUCUGGGGCCCGCGCUGUGAGAUCAAUGCAAUGGAGAAGUGCAUUGUGGGGCAGGGCGAGAGUUACCGUGGGACAUGGAGUGUGAGUCAGACUGGAGUGGAAUGUCUCAACUGGAAUUCCACUGUGCUGCGGGGCAAAAAGUUUACUGCCAUGAAGCCGGAAGCCGGAACCCAGGGCCUGGGCAACCACAACUAUUGCAGGAACCCUGACAGAGACGCCGCACCCUGGUGUUACAUCUACAAGGGCAUCAAUAUUAUCUGGGACUAUUGCACUUUGCCCCCCUGCGCACCAGAGCAGAACGCGGAGUGCGCUCAAGGCAACGGGGGAAUAUACCGGGGAACGGUGGGCGUGACGAAAGGCGGGACGCACUGUCUCCCCUGGGACUCCCCCGCCGUUACGCGCAAGGUCUACAACGCCUGGAGGCCGGAUGCCAGGGAGCUGGGCCUGGGCAGCCACAAUUACUGCAGAAACCCCGAUGACGACAGCAGCCCCUGGUGUCACAUAUACAAAGGCUCUCAGCUGACGUGGGAACACUGUGACAUCGCCAAGUGUGGAUCCAAACCGGCGACCAUCACCACCCUGGGACCUCGUGCUCCCACUACUCUCAACAGAGAGUCCUGUGGGCAGCGAGUGGAGAAGUCCCCAGAAGAGCCUCAGUUUCGCAUCCUGGGGGGUGAGCAAAGUGACAUCAGCACUCAGCCCUGGCAGGCUGCCCUUUCCGUGUACCGUCGGCGCUCCAAGGUGCACACCUUCUUUUGUGGGGGGGUGCUAAUCGACUCCUGCUGGGUGCUGUCUGCGGCCCACUGCUUCCAGGAAAGGUUUUCUGCACGGGACCUGCAGGUGACCCUGGGCCGAACGUUUCGGCUGCAGAACUCCAGCAGCGAGCAGAUCUUCGACGUGGAGCACUACUGGGUGCACGAGCAGUAUGAUGACGAAACGUACGACAACGACAUCGUGCUCAUAAAACUGAAGAGCGAUGUAGGCAUGUGCGCUGUCCACACCGAUGAAGUGCUGCCAGCCUGUUUGCCCGAGCCAGACCUGGCGCUGCCCGACUGGACCGAGUGUGAGAUCUCGGGAUACGGAAAGGAGCACGAGUUCUCCCCGUUCUACUCGGACCAAGUGAAGAGGGGCCACGUGCGACUGUGGCCACAGAGCCAGUGUGUGUCUGAGAAACUCUCUGGCCGUCUGGUCACCCCCAACAUGCUGUGUGCCGGAGACACCAGAGGGCUGGACGACGCCUGCAAGGGCGACUCUGGCGGUCCUCUCGUCUGCCCCAGAGAAGGACGCCUCACACUGGUAGGCCUCAUUAGUUGGGGUGACGGCUGUGGCAAGAAGGACACCCCAGGGGUAUACACCCACGUGACAAAGUACGUCGAGUGGAUCAGCAGCAAAAUGCAGGCCGACGGUAACUGAAGUCGGGGCCGCGGACGGGCAGAGCUGCGGCACAAAGUAGCGCGUCAUCGCUGGCGCUUCCCCGUCUUAUACAAUCCAGCCAAGUUCAAGCCAUCUAAAGUACUCAAAAAAGAAGGAAAAACGAGUUGGUUGGUAUAGUCUGAAUCCGACAAGCAUUUAAUCAAAGUAAAUGUUUAUUCUGAUCGAAAAUAAACUAUUAUAUCAUUAUUAUUAUUAUUAUUAUUAUUAUUAUUAUUAUGUUUGGCUGAUGCAUUUAUCUGAUGUUUAUCAACUCAAUUGCAUAGCAAACCGUAUUUCUACCUGUAACUUACAGGUCGCCAUGUUUAAUUGUUUUACAGCAAUUUAGAUUGGUUUGAAUCUGUACGUAAAGGUAGGUCAGUUGAAAACUCCAGGCUCGUUGGAAUCAAUUGCUGAACAUGAACGAUUCAGAAAGGAUUGCGCUAGAAAUAAAGCAGAGACAGAGAAUAGUAGUCAGUGGAGUGAUCUUCCGAAAACUGCGUUGAAAUCACGUUAAGGACUUGAAAAAAUAACAAAUCAAAUGUUCACCAUUGUAGAGCUUUUUUUUUUUUUGUAUAACUUUGGUAUUUUCAAGUAUAUACUACAAAAGAUGUGACAGCUGUUCAACAUCUUUACAGGAACAUACAUUUAUAUGUUUGUUCUGCCAUUAAAUAGACAAAACAAAUCCAGUUCCUGUUAAAGUGUGAAAAUCCAUGCUCAGUAAUAUAACAUGGAUACAUGCAUCGUAAUUAUGUUUUUAAAUGAUCUCUUUCAAAAACAAAGCAUCCAGGAGUUUAAAACACUAAAAACAGUACAGUCUGCUGGGACAGAGUGACAAAAAUAAGUGUAAGACACACAGCUGUGUCUGUGUUCUCAUUCUUUGGGUUGGGGCCAACCUGGGCCAACCUGGGCCAAAACAGGCCACAGCUCUUCUGGAUAAACAGCUGGUUUUGAUAUUUGCAAACAUGACCACAGUCACGAGCUUUACAGAUGUAAGGACGAAUCUGAGCAAUGCAAAAGCAGGAAAGUCAGUGUGUCUGUUUGUACUUUAACCAAUGAAAGGAUCAUUGUAAUUUCCACUUGUAUCUUAAAUUAAUAUUUAUGUGUUUAUAGACUUGUAAUAUUUUAAUGGGACAUACUGUAUGUCACAAGUAUGACUGAGCUAUACACCCCUAUUUAUUUUUGUAUG